AUGAGUGUUGAUGAGCCGCCGCCAGCCUACUCAGACACUGCACCUGCCUUGUCUAAUGCCAGCCUCCUUACACCCAAUGAAAGCGGAGAUAGAAGCCUGUCGCUGGCCCCAGCCAUCAAAAACUCUAUUGUAUCGCUCUCGGGUAUCACAGUCUCAACCCCUGAAGAUCCAUACGCCUUUUUGUCCUCAUUCGACACCAUCUUCGUUAUCGACGAUUCAGGCUCUAUGUAUGGUCGCUCGUGGCUCGAAGUCAGGGUAGUUCUCAGCGCCAUCACACCCAUAUGCACCGCUCAUGACCUCGAUGGUAUCGACCUUUAUUUUCUUAACCAUAUGAGCGGUGAUGUUAGGGAGGGCAAGGCCCUUGGAGGCUUUUAUGGCAUCAAGCGCGCCGACACGGUCGAGGGCAUCUUCAGUUCUGUUCGUCCUCGUGGCGCUACACCUACUGGUCAACGUCUCUACAAUCUUCUGAAGCCAUACUUGCAACUGCUAGUUAGCAAAAAACGUGACAUGGAUAGUGUCAGACCUAUCAACAUCAUUGUCAUCACCGACGGUGCUCCCUCCGAUGACGUCGAAUCUACCAUCGUUUCUACGGCCGAGAAGCUCAAAGAGCUCGAUGCACCUUUAAACCAGAUCGGUAUUCAAUUUUUUCAGGUUGGCAAUGAAUCCGGCGCUCGCGACGCUCUUCGAGAACUCGAUGACGACCUCGUGAAAAAAUACGGCGUUCGUGAUAUAGUCGAUACUGUCACUUGGGAGAAAAAUCAAAGGGGUGUGCUUACGGCAGAAAGCAUUUUGAAGGUCGUUCUUGGUGCGGUUGUAAGGCGGCUGGACCGUCGUCAUACAAGUGGCGCGGAUGGCCGCUAG